AUGCAAUCCAUCAUCGAUACUCCAAUUCUCUAUUUCUGUACUCGCGACAAAAUCUACAAACUCUACAAUCCCAACGUCCACCUUGUUCCACCAACCACCAUCUGGCGCCCAACGCGAACCCUAGCCCAACAGCCACCACAAUUAGUUCAUGACAAAGCUGAGGAUAGCGAAGAAGACGAGGAGUAUCACUGGGAGGAGGAGUACCUCGACAUUCUCGACAAACAAAGCCAUCCGAAGCCAUUAAUUUCAAUGUCAUCGAACAACAAAAAGUCAUUUCAUUUCUACUGUCCCGUCGAGAAGCGCAUCAAGCUCUUCACCCCGCAUCCGGACAUCUUCCCCAAAGAGGAUAUGGUGUGGGUGCCACCGCCGCCGCCGCAGCCAGCGCCACCCAAGGCUUUCGGCGAGCCGCCAGCGCCAACACCGGAGAAGCUCGGCAACAUCGACGAGUUGCGCCAAGGAAGCGUCGAGCUCAAAACAAACGAUGAGAAGAAGCCCUUUGCACUCGGCUGGCCGCCAUCCACCAGCACCUGGGUUCCACCGCCACCGCCACCAGACCGCAAGAAGGCCGCGAUGAACAACAAGAAGAACUAG